CAGGCAGUCUGUGUGUGUGUGUGUGUGUGUGUGUGUGUGUAAUUCAGUUCUGCUCCCCUGUCUAAUGUAAUUAAGAGCAAAGGCUUUGCGUCUGCGUUUCACCUCAGAUUACACCUGUCUCUCUGCUGUCGUUUGGACGACUUUACAUUUUUAUUAUUUGUUUUUUUAUUUUCUGCUCAUGUUUUUUAACCUAGGAUGUUCCCCCGCUAAAAAAGUCAUUUUUGACUAUUUAUUUAAGUUCUGUUUUUCAUUUCUGAGUCCAGGUGAGAACUUUAACCCUUUGACUUUUUCAUCUGUCAUUUUUAAAGCGCCCUCAGGGAAAAACACAGGAGGGGGGAGGGGCUUCUCAUGUCUACUAACACACACAGAUGAGCACAAACACACACUCUAACGUGUCGCUGUCAGUUGCAGUAAGUUCUAAGCGCAGCCGUGGUCCACAGUGGGACAUGUGCCGGAGAGGGAGGAGAGAGAAGGAGGAGUGAUGUUAGAGGAGGAGGAGGAAGAGGAGUGAUGAAGUGAUGAGGGGGUAUUACUGUGAAGUUAGAGUAGAACACACACAUGGAUACACACACACACAUGCACAAACUGACAGUCAGGACAGUGUAGACACACAGUCAGCGCUCAUUCACUGAGGGCUUGGUUUUUUUGAAGAGUGAACUGUGUUGAGUGCCAGUGUGUGUGUGUGUUCAGGACAUGGAUAUGGAGCGUUUAGGUGUCCCUGGAAUCAAACCUGGGACCUGCAACCCCCGACUCUACAAGAUCGGUCUCAUCAUGUGCAUGUGUCUCUGCGCUAUUCUGAUGCUCGCACUCAUCCUGGUGUCUCAGAGGUCCAGUGAGCAGCAGUUCUGUCUUAGCCCUGAAUGCAUCGAAGCAGCCGGCUCUAUCCUAAACAAAAUGGACCCCUCCGUUGAUCCGUGUGAGGACUUUUAUUUAUACUCCUGCGGAGGUUGGCUCAAGGAGAACCCGAUCCCCGAGGAUUCCUCCUCGUACGGCAUCUACCCCUGGCUGAGGCAGCACGUGGACCUGCAGCUCAGAGAGUUACUCGAGGCUCCGUCAGGUCCUGAAGAACUGGAGGCUGUGACUAAAGCUAAGGUUCUCUACAGAUCGUGCAUGAAUGAGACCAUGCUGGAGAAGCAGGACUCCAAGCCUCUGCUGAAGACUCUGAGGCAGAGAGAGUUUCGUUGGCCGGUGGUGGGCGACGGUCUGGGCGGUGAGUACCAGUGGUCUGAGAGUCAGUGGAACCUCCUGAAGAGCUUGGCUGAGAUCAGGAACCAACAGAGUAAAAGUGUUCUGGUCAGACUCUACGUGUCUCCUGACGACAAGAACUCCUCCCGGUACAUCAUCAAGCUGGACCAGGCGUCUCUGUCUCUGACCUCCAGAGAAGACUACAUCACCAACACGUCCUCGGCUCAGGCUAAGCGAGCAGCUCUGCUCAGUCUGAUGGUCGAUGUGGCCGUGAUGCUCGGAGCUCCUGGAACUGCAGCUCAGACUCAGAUGGAAAAAGUUCUGGCCUUUGAGACCAAACUGGCACAUAUCAUUAUUCCCCUUGAGAAUCGAACCAGCGACACCAUGUACAACAAACACACCAUAGCCAGUCUGCAGAGCUUCAUCCCACAGUUUGAUUGGUUGUCUUUCAUCACAGCUGUUGUGAAGUCCCACUCUGAACAUUCUUCUCUCUCCAUCACUUCUUCUGAGCCGGUCAUCGUCAGAGCUCCUCAGUAUCUGAAAGAUUUGUUUAAAAUCAUCCACAAAACUGAUCCAAGGACAGUGGCUAACUACAUCCAGUGGAGGGCAGUCUUUUCCAGGGUCACGUCUCUCAGUCGACGGUUUCUCUACAGGUUCCUGGAUUUUUCUCGCGUGACCACAGGAACCACGUCUCUGACCCCUCGCUGGGACAAGUGUGUGAACUACGUUGAAAACACUCUGGUUUACGCCACCGGACGACUCUUUGUCAACACACACUUCCAGGAGGAUAAAAAACUGAUGAUGGAGGAGCUGAUCCAGGGAAUCCGUUGGUCGUUCGUGGACAUGCUAGAGAAGGAGAACAGGUGGAUGGAUGAGAAAACCAAGAGCAGAGCUGUGGCGAAGGCUCACUCAGUUCUGGCCAAGGUUGGCUAUCCUGAGUUCAUCCUCAACGACACGUACCUCAAUGAAGAUCUAAAGGAGCUGAAGUUUAACGAGCUGGAUUACUACGGUAACGUGAUGCAGACGCUGAAGUUCGUCGCUCAGUCUGACAUCUCCUGGCUGAGGAAGGAAGUCCCGCGCAGAGAGUGGUUCACGAACCCGACCACAGUCAAUGCUUUCUACAGUUCAUCCACCAAUCAGAUCAGGUUUCCUGCUGGAGAACUUCAGAAGCCGUUCUUCUGGGGAGGAGAUUAUCCCAGGUCACUGAGUUACGGAGCCAUCGGUGUCAUCGUUGGACAUGAGUUAACGCACGGCUUUGACAACAACGGUCGUAAAUAUGACAAAGAUGGAAACCUGGACCAGUGGUGGACCAACUCUUCCAUCACAGCCUUCAAUGAGAAAACUCAGUGUAUGAUUGACCAGUAUAACAACUAUCACUGGAAGGAGGCGGGGCUAAAUGUUCGUGGGAAAAGAACUCUGGCUGAGAACAUCGCAGACAAUGGAGGAAUCCGACAGGCCUUCAGAGCGUACAGACGAUGGGUGGAGCAGAGCAGAGGUGGAGUUGAAGAACCGCUGCUUCCUGGAGUGGAGCUGAACAACAACCAACUGUUUUUCCUCAGUUAUGCUCAUGUCAGAUGUAACUCGUACAGACCUGAAGCUGCCAGAGACCAGAUCCAGAGUGGAGCCCACAGUCCACCAGAGUACAGAGUCGUUGGAGCCAUGAGUAACUAUGAAGAAUUCCGUGGAGUCUUCAAUUGUCCUGAGUCAUCGCUGAUGAACAGAGGAGCUCAGUCCUGUAGGGUGUGGUGACCUUUAACCUCUGACCUCUGAACUUGAAAAUGUCACUAGAAUUUAAAAAAACAACCUACAACAGCAGUGUGUCACAGUGACACGGUGAUUUUCUCAGAAUCUUAAUAAGUUCAACCGUUGUUUCUGUUUUGUCAUGUUUUUGUUUGUGGUCAAUGUCAAAAAGACUGGAUUUUACUUCUUUUUUUUUACAUACAGUACAGGUACAUUUACUGUAACGUGUUUUGCAGCUACUCUCAGAACUAAAGGACCAUUAUCUCAGUUAGUUUAUUUAAAUUCAAUAGUUAUUAUUAUUAUUAUUAUUAACUACUUUGAUCCACUGACCUAUGACCUUUUUGUUCUUGUGGAAAGUGACUAAAAUAAACUGUUACUGUGAAAACAAACGAAAUAACGAACAGAUUAUUUAAACAAAGAAUCACUUUCAAAAACGAAAAUAAUCGUUGCUGUGGUUCUGCUGCCUCUGCAUGUUCAACUACGUCCAGCAGAGGGCAGACGCUGUUCUAUUUUAACAGGUUAAAUUCAGUCUGCUUCUGUGUGAGCUGAUGAUGACGAAGAAGAUAAAGAUAAGGUUACUAUGAUGAUGUCAUCAGACGCCCGUCCUUAUCAUCCAGGUAUCGUUCUCUGCUAAAGCUCAGAAAUAUGGCUGAAGAUCCUUCUGUGUUUGUUCUUCAGAUUAAAAAUCCUGGCUACAA